AUGGAGAUUCUCGACGCCAGAACCAUCACUGACGGAUUGCCCCCCACGAGCAGGCCGCCCAACAUCUUGGACUACUACAUCGGAGUCGACGUCGGGACCGGCUCCGCUCGCGCCUGCAUCAUCGACGAGACGGGCGACAUCAAGGCAUUGGCCUCGGAGAACAUCAAGCUGUGGCAGCCCGAGACGGGCUACUAUGAACAAUCAACCACGGACAUCUGGCAGUGCAUCUGCGAGUGCGUCCGCCGCGUCGUCAGCGAGUCCAAUGUAGACCCAUCGAGGAUCAAGGGCAUCGGCUUCGACGCCACCUGCUCCCUCGCCGUCUUCACUGACGACACCGACGAGCCCAUGCCCGUCACCGGCCCCGACUUUGCCAACGACGGCCACGACCGCAACGUCAUCCUCUGGCUCGACCACCGCCCCGUCGCCGAGACGGAAAAGAUCAACAGCACCAAGCACAAGCUGCUCAAGUACGUCGGCGGCCAGAUGAGCAUCGAGAUGGAGAUCCCCAAGGUCCUCUGGCUCAAGAACAAUAUGCCCGCCGACCUCUUUGCUCGUUGCAAGUUUUACGACUUGGCCGAUGCCCUCACUCACCUGGCCACGGGAAACGAGACGCGCAGCUUCUGCAGCACCGUCUGCAAGCAGGGAUACGUGCCCCUUGGCGUCGACGGCAGCGAAAAGGGCUGGCAGCAAGACUUUUUCGAGUCGAUUGGCCUUGCCGAUCUCUCAAAGAACAACUUUGAGAGGAUGGGUGGCGUCAACGGCCUGAACGGCUCCUACUACAGCGCCGGCGAGUGUGUCGGCACCCUCAGCCGCCAAGCCGCCUACCAGCUUGGUCUCCCCAUGGGCAUCGCCGUCGGUAGCGGUGUUAUCGAUGCCUACGCCGGCUGGAUAGGCACCGUUGGCGCAAAGGUCGACCUCGGCAGCGACGAGCUCAACGACAGCGUCCCCCACAACGACCUGUCCCAGGCCUUUACCCGCCUGGCCGCCGUUGCCGGCACCUCGACCUGCCACCUUGCCAUGUCCAAGGACCCCGUCUUCGUACCCGGUGUCUGGGGCCCCUACCGAGACGUCUUGCUGCCCGACUACUGGCUUGCCGAGGGCGGCCAGUCGGCCACGGGCGAGCUCCUGCGACACAUGCUCGAUAUCCACCCGGCAUACAACGAGACGUGCGCGCUGGCCAAGGCCGAAGACAGGCACAUCUACGACUUCCUCAACGCCCACCUCCAGUACAUGGUGGAGAAGCAGCACGCGCCCGGCAUCCCCUACCUCGCCCGCCACCUCUUCUUCUACGGCGACCUCUGGGGCAACCGGUCCCCAAUCGCCGACCCCAGCAUGAAGGGCGCCAUGAUUGGCAUUGACAGCGACAAGAGCACCGAUAACAUGGCGCUGUGGUACUAUGCUACCAUGGAGUUCAUCGCCAUGCAGACGCGGCAGAUUGUCGAGCAGAUGAACAAGGCCGGCCACGAGCUCUCGUCUAUUUUCAUGUCGGGCUCUCAGUGCCAGAACCCGGUGCUCAUGAGCCUGAUGGCGACGACGUGCAGCAUGCCCGUGCUGAUUCCCCGCUACGUCCACGCCGCCGUCGUCCACGGCGCGGCCAUGCUGGGUGCCAAGGCGGCCAGCCACAACACCGAGGACCCGGACGCGGAGCCCGAGACGCUGUGGAGCAUCAUGGACCGCAUGAGCAAGCGGGGGCGGCUGAUUGAGCCCAACGACGACCCGGGCGAGAAGGCGCUGCUGGAUGCCAAGUACGAGGUUUUCCUCGAGAUGUGCAGCUCGCAGCAGACGUACCGCAAAAGGGUGAACAGGGCCGUUGAGAAGUGGAGUGGCGAGUUUGGCGGCGACGUGUGA